UUGCGGGGCAGAGAGAGUGAGAGAGAACGAGGGGAGGCAUACACCGCAGUUUGCAGCAGUAUCUUGUGUGAGUUUUGCCUGAAGAAGAAUGCAGUGUGUGGUAUUCAGACUCAACCCAGCUGGAGUACCUGCGCGCUGAUCCCAGACUGGAGGUGUGAGCGGCUGAGGAAUGUCGGGGCUUCGUCACCAGAGACAAAGCUGAUCCCAGCGCGCGGGGAUGGCGUCCCCUCGGCUCAGGGGCAUUGCUGGGGAGGUGCAGAGGCUGCAAGAUGAGCAGGAGGCUGUCCAGAAGCGGACUUUCACUAAGUGGAUUAAUUCACACUUGGCCAAGCACACUCCCCCGCUGGUGAUGACAGACCUGUUUGAGGACAUCAGAGAUGGCGUGAGGCUGCUGGCCCUGCUGGAAGUGCUGUCUGGACAGAAGCUGGUCACUGAUGUGAACAGGGCCGGCCUGCAGAGGAUCCACUGGGUUGCUAAUGUCCGCACAGCACUCAACUUCCUGGAGGGCAGACGGUCUGUCUACAGAGGAUCCCCGGUGAAGUUGGUCAAUAUAAACGUCACGGACGUUGUUGAUGGGCGGCCGUCCAUCGUGCUGGGUCUGGUGUGGACGAUCAUCCUCUACUUCCAGUUUGAGGAGCUGACCAGCGGCCUGUCGGCUCUGCAGGGUCAAUUGGGUAGCAGCUCCUCAUUGGACAGUUCCAACAGUGCAGACACCACCAGCCCAUCAAUCAAGAGAAAGCCCCGCCUCUCAUUCCAAGGCGGUGCCAGAAGAGCUCUGCUGAAAUGGGUCCAAUGCACAGUAACCACGGCAACCAAACGAAGGGGCCUGGAAGUGAAUGACUUUGGUCCAAGCUGGCGUUCCGGAGUGGCGUUCCUCACCCUCAUCUCCGCACUGAGGCCAGAACUGGUCAACAUGGAACAGGUCUACAGUAGGGGACACCGGGAGAACCUUCAGGAGGCCUUCUCAUUGGCUGAGAGGGAGCUGGGGAUCCCACGGCUACUCGACCCUGAAGACGUGGAUGUGGAUAAGCCCGAUGAGAAGUCUAUCAUGACCUAUGUGGCUCAGUUCCUGAGAAAGCUGCCUAACCCUCUUGGACAGCAACAGGAUGAGGAGGAUCUGGUGCGGGAGGAGGGGGAGUGGCGUCGUGCGGCAGAGUCGAACAGCACACUGACGCGACGGCAACAGGAAGCUCAAGCCCAGCUGGAGAGGACCCUAAAGCUGGCCAAUGCCUGCCUGUCUGAAAAGGGCCCUCCUGACCAACUACACCGGAAACACACGGAGUUCUUUGCUCGAUUGGACCAGCAUGUGCUGAAUGUGUUUCUCAAAGCAUGUGAUGACCUCACUGACAUCCUGCCUGAAAAUGAGCAACAUGCUUUACAGGAGACUGUCAGGGAGCUCCACAAGCAGUGGAAGGACGUCCAGGCAAAGGCUCCGCUGCACCUGCUGCAUCUGAGGGUGGAGUCCGAGCGGCGCAGGCUGAUGACAUCACUGCAGAAGUGCAGGGAGGAGCUGGACAGCAAUAGAGGAAGCCAAGAGCACAGGGGCCAGGAGCUUGUGUGUGUGUGUGAGGUGCGACUGCAGGCCAUAGAGGAGCUUUGCCAGAAGCUUCCAGAGGGGGACGCCGCCCAACAGGUCUUGAGAGAAUCUCGGAGUGCCCUGGCUGAGGUCAAAGGUCGUCUCGAUCACAUGGACACAUGGAGUGAGAAGCAAAGUGUCAUGGCCCAGGUGGCCAAGGAGUGUGUGUCGCAGGAGGAUGUGUGUGUGUUGGUAGACGCGUGUGUGUCACAGGAGGACGAGGAUGUGUGUGUGUCGCAGGAGGAUGUGUGUGUAUCGCAGGAGGAUGUGUGUGUGUUGGUAGACGCGUGUGUAUCGCAGGAGGAUGUGUGUGUGUUGGUAGACGCGUGUGUGUCGCAGGAGGAUGUUCCUAAGGAGCAGCAGGAUGUGGAGACCAGCAGGAGGGUCAGUGCGGAGUCCAGCAGGAGGGUCAGUGCAGAGACCAGGCAGCUACUCCUUGUUCACCAGGUGAAGGACUCAAUGCAGCAGAUGAAGCUCAAACUGCAGCAGCAGAUUCAGCUGACACCCCUGUGUGCCUCCCCUUCCGAUACACACACCGCCCUACAGGAGGUCAUUGAUGGGAAGCAGAGCUCGGGGCAGCUGGCGUCCAGGCUGGAGGCCCUCUCUGUGGGCCAGAGUGGGCAGGCUGAGAGGGGCGAGCUGGAGCCGCUGGAGGUCAACCUCAGGGAGCACGAGCAGGGGGCAGCAGAGACGCUCACCAUUCUGGAGCACCAGCAGGGGGCAGCAGAGACGCUGACCAUCCUGGAGGAGCUGAUGGCUGCAUGGUGCAGAGGGGAGGGCUCUAGUCGGAUGCUGAACCUUCUGCAGGAACAUCAGACCCUGAAGUACAACCUUAGAACCAUCCUGCAGACUGCUGAGAACCUCACUGCAGGCUACACGGAACCACAGAACCGAGAGGAUAUCAGGAGAACCCUCUCACAGCACGGCGCAGUGACAGAGAGGAUGGUCAGUGCCCAAGAGGAGCUUGACCUCCUCUGCUCUAGGGGCCGACUCUUGCAGAUGGAGCUGACCAAAGUGUCAGGCCACCAAGCCCAGGAUGUUACAGCAGACACCAAUGCUGUUGUGGAACGCUGGUCAAAGGUCUUUGAGAUAAUUGAUGGCAAUGUGGAGCGCUUGACCCAGACGCUGGUGUUGUGGGAUGACGUUGUGCAGAUUGAGCAGAGCAUUGGGCAGUGGUGCUCAUCCUCUCUCCCCGUGCUCUGUGGUGGACUCGUCAGCCUGGAAGACAUGCAGAGCACAGAGAAGCACCUGUCCGCAUUUAAGCUAGAGAUAGAUGCCAUGGAUGUGCAGCUGGCUUCUCUACAUGAACAACUCACCAAACUCUCCCAGAGAAGAAACAACCAGGAAGUACCCGCUGAGCUGCAGCAGGUGGAGGAGGGCCUGAGGAGGAAGCUGUGUCAGGCACAUGCGGCGUACGCGCGCAUCAGCAGAUCCCUGGAAGACUACAGCUCACAGAAGCAGCAGCUGGAGGACUUCAUCUCCCAAGGUGCACUGCGUCUUAAGAACGUGGAGGACAAGGUUUCAGACCUGCUUCUGGUAUCAAACCCUGAGAACAUCAGCAGACUGAAGGAAAUUAAAGGGGACCUCAGUCAGCAGCAGCUUUCUCUGGAUGAGGCGCAGGCCAAACUGAGUAUGCUCUGUAGGUCUCACCCCUCCCAGGAGCUGGGCCACCUCAGUGAAGAGCUGACUGACCUGGUCAGAAGAAGGGACAUGGCCGCCCUGCGCUGCUCACGUGCCUCCAGCGACCUGCAGGGGGAGCUACAGCUACACAUCUCUGAGAUCACACAGGAUUUUCACCGCUGGCUAACUGAGCAGAAGGAUAACAUUAAAGACCUCUCGGACCAAUCAGAGGCCAGAGUCAAAGGCUGCCCUGACCAAUCAGAGGCCUGGGUCCUUAUGGCAGACAGGUUACAGGAGCUGAAGGGGGCACUAGAGUGCCUGCGCGUGGGUGAGGAGCGCCUGGGCUCCGUGUGUGAAGAGGGGGGGAUGUUGCUGCCCCAUCUGCCCCCCUCAGCCGCGGGGCACGUGGAGGAGCAGCUGCUCUCCUGCCGCAGGGCUUGGGCUGCCUUUGUGGAGGAGAGCCAGCAGAGCCUGCAGAGCCUGGAGCACAGCGCCGCCCUACAGCACAGGGUGGAAGUGUGUGUGGAGGGUCUAGGUUUCUGGCUGCAGCAGAUGGAACAGAAGCUGGAGUGGGAGGAGCUUCCAGAGGGAGAGAGAGAGCAGGAGAGACUGGAGCAGCUCCACACACAACUACUGCUGAGGAGGCCGUCUCUGGAGCGUGUGUGUGUGGAUGCGGAGGUGCUGGCUGAUGGUGGUUGGCCGUGGGGGCAGCAGGCGUGUGUGUGUGUGCAGAGGCGGCUCCAUGCGGUGCUGGAGGGGGUGAGCACACGGCGCCGUGGCUGCCUAGAGGGCCUGCUGCUGGGGCAGCAGAUCAGAGGCAUCAGGGUCUGGAUCCAGCAGCUACGCAACACUCUACACACACACCAGGGCACGCAGGGUAGCAGGACACAACUGCAGGAGAGACUGCAAAGAGUGCAGGAGGUGCUGUUGCUGAAGGGAGAGGGGGAGGUGCGCAUCAACAUGGUGGUGGGUCGGGGGGGUGUGGCCAGCCGCAGCUGUGGAGACGCCGCACAGGAAGUGAUGUUGGCUGCCAUACAGGAAGUGGAAGACGAGUGGGCGGGGCUCCUCAUAUCUGCCAUGAGGCAACACAGCCGUCUGGAGCGAGCGCUGUGGCUGUGGGCGGAACAUGAGCGUUGCCGUGGUGAUCAGGAGGCGUGGCUGCAGGCGGCGGAGGCGGUGAGAGGGGUGGAGCCACAGGCCGGGCUGAGGGAGAAGCAGCAGCAGAGGGAGAAAGUGCGCCUCCUGGUGGCCCAGCUGGAGCAGCGCAGGGAGGCGCUCACACACCUGGAGCAGGGCUCCGCCCAGCUCUAUGACAUCACCAGAGACCCAGCCUUUAGCCCUGCCUCCCAAGCCUGCCUCAAGGCGAGGUUUGAUGAUGUCAGAACGGCUGCUGACGAGAGCUUGAGACUGGCAGGUGUCAUGGUGACAGAACAUCAGCAGUACCUUGAAGCAGUGAGAGAGCUGUCUGAUUGGCUGCUGGCAGGAGGGGAGGAGCUUCAGCGCUGGUCUGAUAUAUCUGGAGACUCCGCCUCCUUAGAGAAGAGGCUGGAAGAAGUGCGGGUAAGGAAGUGUUUCCAUGGCGCCAAGGGGCGGGAGUGUGGAGGCCGAGAGGUUUCAUGGACGCUGAGGUUCUGGUCAGAUCUCGCCGGACGCCACACGGCUGCUCGGGGCUGCGAGGCCAUGGAGGCCGAGGGAGGGGUUCUGGCCCGCGCUCUGGACCAAUGGGAGGGGGCGGCGGCCAAGUGAGCCAGAGACGAGCUGCAGAUCGCCAUGGCGGCGCAGCGCGUAAAGCGAGAGUACCGCCUGGCGACACGGGCUGCAGCAGCACGCGAGCUGAGCGAGCAGCUGCUCGGCUGGAGGGAGGAGCUUAGCCGUGCCGAGAGGAAGAACAACAGCACACAGGCCGUGGAGGGAUGGACCGUCGCUACGGACAUUCUGGAGCUGCUUCAUGCGUCCGAGCCCAUGGCAGACAGGCUGAAGGAGCAGCUGGACGCCUUGGUCAGCGAGCCUGGUCCGGCAGACGGGCGGCCGCAGGGCUGGAGUGGGGCCGCGCCAUCACUGCCAGCAAUGGUCAGCCUAAGUCUGCGUGCGUCCAGAGAGUGCCAGAGCAAGCAGAAGCUUCUGGACCAGCGGUUCCGCUCGGCUCUGAGGGACUUCCAGCAGUGGCUGGUGAACGCGCAAAUCAGCACGGCCAGAUGCUUCGACGCCCCGCUGAACGUACAUGAGGCCACCACCAGUCUACAGAAAAUAGAGGAGUUCCUGAAUGAAGAGGAGCAGGCCCAGACCCGACUAAACACUGUGCUCACAUGCGGAGAGUACCUGGGCCAGGUGCUGGGGGCCGAUGAGACGCAGGCGGUCAGGGAGAAGGUGACCAAGGCCAGAGACGACUGGGAGACCCUGAUGACAGAACUACAGAGCAGAGAGACAGCCUUACAGACCCUCCAAUCACAGAUGGAGGAUUAUGAGGCAAGACUUGAGCCUCUUCAACAUUGGCUGAAAGACACUGAGAUCACUGUGCAGGAGAGCACCGCCCGCCUUCAUGACAUCCCCGGCAAAAGACAGGAGCUCUGCAAACUACAGGCUGUGCUGAAGGAACUAACAUCUCGGGAGGCGGGGCUUACACAACUGCGGGGGCAGGCCUAUGAGAUGUGGGAGGGGCAAGCAGCUGGGAGGGACUUCAUGCAUAGGGUCUCUCAGCUGAUUGGUCAGUACCUGGCGCUUAGCAACCUCAUUAAGCGUGGUGUGUGGUGAGAAGUUGUCCGUAUGGAGCGGGUUCUAGCAGAACACCAGCUGUUCUCUGAGGGUCUGGUGCAGCUGCAGCUCUGGGUAGCCGACGCCCACAGAACCCUGCAGGAGUGUUCCGGCCCCGCCCCCAAUAAGAGCCUACUGCUGCACAGGAUGGGUCUGUUGGAGGAGCUGGUGUGUGUGUGUGCGGUGAAGGAGGUGGAGCUGAAGAUGCUGAUCACCAGGGGAGAGUGUGUGCAGAGGAGCUUCCCAGCCGACGUGCGCAAACACAUCCAGGACCUCAAGGACUCCUGGGACGCCCUCCAGACUCACUGCAUCACCUGCAAGAGUGACCUGGAGGGGGCGCUGUGCCAGUGGACGAGCUACCAGGAGGACGUGGGGCUGUUCAUCAGCUGGCUGGAGCGUGUGGAGGGGAACCUGGUCCAGUCGAGCCGCCAGCACCCAGAGAUGAGGGACAAGACAGGGACCCUGAGCAGGGCUAAGCUCCUGUAUGAGGAGGUGUUGAGCCACUGUCGCCCCCUGGAGGCCAUCACCUGUAAAGCAUCCAGACUGUCAGAGUGCAGCCGCUCCCCUGCAGAGGUGCAGAGACUGAGCGAGCGCUAUGGAGCCAUCAAACACAAGGCCAAGUGUGCUGUGGAGCGGGCGGAGGAGUUGGUUCUGGCCCAUCAGGAGUACCAGCGGGCGCUGCACCAGUUUGAGGAUUGGUUGGAGCAGCAGCAGGAGCGCCUGGGUCAGCUGACCUCACACACACACACACACUCCGCCGGGGAGCUCGCUGUCCUGGAGAACACACUCAAGGAGCUACAGGAGCUGCGCUGUGUCUGCUCUGAGGGGCCGGUGCUGUUGAGUGCGGUUCUGUCGUGUCGUGAGCGGGUGGUUCCGUGGGGCAUUCCCCAGAUCGAGAGCCGGGCCCUGGAGGCGGCAUGUGUGGAGUGGGAGGGGUACCAGGCCCGGCUGGGCCAGGCGCGGGUCACACUGGACGGGACGGUGGGCAGGGUGCGUCAGCUGGACCUCCGGUUCCGCAGCCUGGACGAGUGGCUGGACGAGAUGGACGUCACGGCAACCGUGCGGAACCACCGCCGCUCCGAUCGCCACACUAAAGAACGCCACCUGCAGCAGCUCCAGCGCUGUCAGGCGGAGGCUCUGCGGUACCAGAGUGAGGUGGAUGGGCUCAGCAUUCUGGUCCAGGAGGUUCUGCAGGAGAACCACGUCAGCAGUCAGCUGACCAACAGAACCUCACAGCUCUGUGGACGCUACCACACACUACAGCUGAAACUCAUGGGGAGUAUCCAGCAGCUGCAGGAGGAGAUAUGCAGUAUAGAGGACGCUCACUGUACAGCAGGAGCCUUCUCUGAUUGGCUGACCACUGCCCAGAGGAACUUUGGUGCAAUUACAUCAACCAAUGAGGGUCAUGAUAUUGUUGCUAUGGAGAAUAAGCUAAAAAGACUGGAGGCCCUGCAGGCGGAGCUGCAGCAGGGUCAUGGGAUCCUGAAAAGUCUGCGUGAGCAGGCUGAGGCGGCGGCCUCCUUCCUGGACUCCAGCGGUGCGGAGCGGCUGGAGGGGGAGGUGGAGGAGCGGCUGUCCCAGCUGGAGCAGCUCUCGGUGGGGCUGCGUACCAAACGUAGCGCCCUGGAGAGGAGCCUGAAGCUCCACACAGAGUUCCAGGACCGUCUGAAGGCCCAGGUGCAGUGGCUGGAGGAGACCAGGGUGUUCCUUAGUGCACCUGUGGAGCCUAAAGCUGAACUGUACCAGCGCAAAGCCCAUCUAGCCAAGUACAAGGCGGUCCAGCAUGCACUGCAGUGUCGGGGGCUGGCGAUUCAGAGCGUGGUGGAGAGAGGCGAGAAUCGGCCGAGUGGUGGGCAGGGGGACAGUCAGCACUCUGGAGCUCAGCACUCCUCCAUCAAAGACAGCCUGGAGAAGCUGCAGGAAGACUAUACUGACUUAUGUACUACUGCCACAGCUCUCACUCAGAAGCUGGAGGUGCAGGUGCUAGAGCAGGAAGGCUACCUGCGGGCGCUGCAGGAAGUGGAAUGCUGGCUGCUGCAGACGUCCAGCAGGAUGGUGACCCCUGACCCCUCCAAGGGGCGGAGUCUCGACUUGGCCACCCAGCAGCUGGCUCGACACAAGGCCAUCAUGGAGGAGAUAGCGGCCUUUGAGGAGCGCCUGUCAGGGCUGCAGCGUUGCGGCGAGACACUCGUGAGCACGUGUGGAGGUGGGCGGCUACGGCAGCAGGUGCAAACUCACCUGCAGGGAGCAAGAGACAGCUACUCUGCCAUCUGCAGCACUGCACAGCGGGUGUAUCAGUGUCUGGACAGUGAGCUGCAGAAGCACAUGAGUGAGCAGGACGCGCUGCUGCAGUGCCAGUCGUGGGUCAGAGCUGUCCAGGCCGAGCUGCAGACCACUGCACCGACACCUGCCAGCCUGCAGGGGGCGCUCUCACAGGUGCAGCAGCACAAGGCUCUGGAGGAGCAGGCAGGCACCUACCUGCAGAUGGUGUGCUCCAGCUGUGACCUUUCUGAUGAGGCCGUGAGGGAGACCGCCACCAAGAUCCAGCGCGUCAGACUGCAGGUGGAGGAGAGGCUGCGGGGCUCCCAGCGGGUGGCGGACGAGUGGAGGGAGGUGGGGGAGCAGCGGGAUGAGCUAGACUCUCGUCUGCGGGACACGGAGCGGCGCCUGCACAGCCUCGCACGCAGCCCAGCCCAGCUGGAGCCCAGAACCACCCACAACCUGCUAGACCAGGCCCAGGUGAGACCAUCACCGCCCCAUGCCUGGGGAGGUCAUGACAGCGGGCAGGAUGUCCAGCGGGCGGCGGAGUAUCAGCAGAGCAGCGCCGCACUGGACCAGCUCUUCCAGCAGGUGUCCAGAGAGUGGGACUACCUGGCCAGGGCAGACACUGAAAGCACCUCGGAGCACCUGAGCGGCCUGAAGAAGCUGUUCGCUGACCUGCAGGACCAGAGAGGCCUGCUGGAGGACCUGAGAGAGAGCAGGCAUGCCAUCGUGCCCCGCCUCAGCCCGGAGGAUCGGGACCUGGUCAAAGAGCACAUGGAACACCUGGAGAACCGCUGGGCCCAGCUGGAGAACCUGAUCCAGCAGAAGAUACAGAACUCUGCCUCGGUUCUAAAGGAUUUGGGGCUGGUGGAGGCCCGUCUGCGUGAGGCUCGGGAAUGGGCCCAGGAGAAGCAGCCGUCGCUGGCCGCUGUCGGAACCAGCCCACCGCCCGACGUCGCGCAGAGCUUCCUGUUUGACCACUUGAGUGUGUGCGCCUGAGCUGAGUUACAGCCAGCCGCUGACGAGGCGUAGGCGCUGACGAGCCGUCCGCCCGGCCUGAGUGAGAGGCGGAGCCUGCAGGCCCUCACGCUGCAGGCCCAGGCGGAGGUGAUAAGGCUAAAUAUGAUAACAUCCCGAAAACACCUGACAAAGCCUUCCGCGGGCCUGCGCCAGUUCCUGCAGGCUGGAGCUAGACUGACUAAGUGGAGUGAGAAGAGGCAGCAGGAGGGGAAGGCCCUGAUGGAGGAGCACGUGGCUCUGCUGCCAGACGACAUCUCCAGGCAGGUGGAUGCCUGCAGGGCCGCUCUGAGCAGCCUGAAGGCCCAGCAGGGGGAGCUCUCGAGCCUCUGGGGGCAAGGCCGGGAUCUGGUGAGGGGCAGCACAGACGAGGAGAAAGCAGAGACUCUGGAGAAACUGCAGGAGGUGCAGGGCACCUUUGAGAGGGCCCUCGGCAGGUGCACACAGAAACUGCUGGACCUUGAGAAAGCCCUGGCAACCAGGAAGUACUUCAAGGUGGACUUAGACAAGAUGUGUGAUUGGCUGAGGCAGACAGAGGCGCUCAUGUACCCUCAGAUGGACUGGAAUAUGUGUGAUGCAGAACAACAAUCCAUUAUUACGAAGUACCAAACCAUCCUGGAGCAAGCCUCUGAGUAUGAAAACCUUUUACUUAUUGUCCAAAGGGCAGGGCAAGAGAUACUGCCCACAUUAAAUGAAGUUGACCAUUGCUACCUCGAUGAGAAACUCAACGCCCUGCCCCAGCACUACAAUAGCAUCCUGGUGUCUGCCAAACAGAGACUCGAGAUCGCUCAGCAGACAUUGGCUGAACGGAAAGAGUUUGAUUCUCUGAUGGAGGUGACUGAUGAAGCUGUCAGGAAACUGCAAGGACAAUUUGAAGCCCUGGAGAAGCAGACUGUCAGCUGUUCUGUAGAUAUCAUUCCAGGACUCCAUGGUGACUUCACAGACCUCUUGAAAGGCUGCAGCACUCAGGACAGGACGUUGAAGGAGCUAAAGAGGAAGCGAGAGGAGCUCCUCAGCGUAGGACACCCCUGCAACGCAGAGGCCCUCAAUCACACACUGAGAGUCCACUCUGAGCUGAAGCACCAUCUCAAGCAGAAACUGAAAGACCUCAACCAAAUGCUGACAUGCGCAGGCGAGUACAGCAAGUCAGCGUCAGAUCUGGCAUCUGAGCUAAAGGCUAUAAAAGAGCACAUGAGUGAAUUAGACACCGAGGACCAGACCUCCGACACCUUGAGUCGCUUCCACAGCCUGGCGCAGUCUCUAGCAGCUGCUGAAUGUCAUCUGCAGAGAUUGAGUGACCUCAGCUCUGCCCAGGACCCGCAGCAGCUUAUUAUCUGGCAGGAGGAACUGCUCGGUCUGAAGGGAAGGGUGAGAGAUGGCAUCACUUCCUGUGCGUGUCUCAUUAGAGAUAGUGGUAACUUCCACACAGAGAUAACAAACACCUUGGGCUGGUUAAAGACUGAAAGAGAUGGUCUUCUUUGCUCCAUUAACUUUGAUGAGCUAACAGUUGAGAAGAGUGACCACCAGCUGAAGAAGAUCCUGUUGCUUCAGGAAGAGGUCCAGUCCAAGGUCCAAAUCUUCAAAGCUUUAGCUGACAAGGAAAGACAAAAGCAUAGCAGCCACAAAGAGCAAUCGCCUGCCACUUAUGAGGGCCCUCUUGGAGAAGUUAUGCAGUUGGAGGCCGACAUCCUUCAAGCACUUUCUACAAAACAGUCCAUCCUCGUACAGGCUCAGCCUCUCCUCCAGCAGUGCCACUUUGGCCUGCUCUCUGCCCAGCAGUGGCUGGAGAGGGCUGGAGAGUUCCUGGAUCAGGCCAAGCAGGAAGUGGACCCUGAGGACCUGGAGGAUUGUCUCAGGGAGCUGGAGGACAUUCUUUCCCAGGAGACGGGCCUUGCCGGCGGGCUGGAGAUGCUGCAGGACAUGCCUGCUCAGCUCGAGGGGCUGGAGGGCGCUGCUCUCACACUGAACCUGACAACCAGCAUAUGGAGUGUGUGUCACCAGGGGUCAAAAGUCAAGGAGCAGCUGAAGAGUCAUCAGCAAACCCUGCAGAGGUGUGCUGCUAUGUGGCGCCGCUAUGAGGCACUGAGAGGAGAGAUCAUCAGCAGGAUGGAUGAAGCAGAGAGGGGCAUGGCUGACAUCACCACCAUCUCAGCCGUAAGCCUGCAGGAGGCUCACAGCAAACUGGAGAAGCACAAGGUAACACACAGCACUCUUGAGAAGCACAGGGUAACACACAGCACUCUAGAGAAGCACGUGGUUGAGCCUCUAACACACAGCACUCUAGAGAAGCACAGGGUAGAUCCUCUAACACACAGCACUCUAGAGAAGCACAGGGUAACACACAGCACUCUAGAGAAGCACAGGCUUGAGUCUCUAACACACAGCACUCUAGAGAAGCACAGGGUUGAGUCUCUAACACACAGCACUCUAGAGAAGCACAGGGUUGAGUCUCUAACACACAGCACUCUAGAGAAGCACAGGGUAGAUCCUCUAACACACAGCACUCUAGAGAAGCACAGGGUUGAGUCUCUAACACACAACACUCUAGAGAAGCACAGGGUAACACACAGCACUCCAGAGAAGCACAGGGUUGAGUCUCUAACACACAGCACUCUAGAGAAGCACAGGGUAACACAGCACUCUAGAGAAGCGCAGGCUUGUGGAAGCUGGACUCGGUUGAGCAGUUCAGCGAGAUCCCAGGAGAGAGCGCUAGAGAGCACUGCCCGGGAGUGGAGGAGCUUUGAGGAAAAGGUGCAGAAGGCUCGGUCAGUAGCAAAGGACCUGCAGGGUCGUGUCCCAGAGGGUGCAGCUGAGAAGGCCGCCUCUAGGGCGGCGCUGCAGAGCCUCCUGGACUACCACGACUGCUUCUGCCUGGAGGUGGAGAGAGAGAGAGCCGGCCUCGUCCUGCUGGGGCAACUGGCCCGUGCCCUGACCCCCUUACCCCCCGAGGCCCAGAAGGGGCAUCAGGAUAUUAGCUGCCUGCAGGAGUGCUAUUGCAGGCUGCUGCAGAGGGCACGUUCGGGCCGUGAGCACGUUCAGGCUGAGCUGGCGCAGCGCGAGCAGCUGGAGAGAGAGAUGAGCCUCGUUAAGGGCCAUAAACCACGACACACGCCCUCCCACCAGCCCUCCGCCGACCCGGCCACCGCUCAUCCGAACCUGAGGCACACUCAAGAGCACACGCUGUGUGCUGCACAUGAGGACGUGCUGUCUCACAGGCAGAAAGUGGAGCAUCUGAGUGAGCAGCAGCAGCUGAAGUACGAGCAGCUUCACACACACCUGCCGCCCGAGAUUAGCACCCAGCUAGCAGAGCUCACACUCACGCUAGCAGCUGCAGAGGACCAGGUUGGUGCUCGUGAGCGGGAGGUGCAGCAGAUUGAGCCAGUUGAGGAGCUACUGAGCGCGCCAGAGCUUGUGGACAGACUGACCUCCCUCACCUCCCGACUCACGGACAAGAGCGCCGCCCUGCAGGAUGCCACGGAGGAGAACAAGUGUGUGUGUGAGGAGUUGGAGCGGUGCUGCAGUGCCCUGUCGGAGCUGAGGGGGGCGCUAGAGGAGUUUGGGCAGCAGAAUCCCCUCCUGCGUGCUCAGCUGACCGUCCCCAUGGCAACGCUGGACCACGCCCACAGCCGUGCCACCGCACUCGCACAAGACCGCUCAGCUCAGCUACUCAGGGCUGAGGAGUUGAUGGAGGACUACACAGACAUGCGCAGCUUCAUCAUGGGCUGGGUUCAGAAGGCGGAGUCUCUCACCUCAUGCAGCAUCGUGUGGAGCCCCUCAGCACAGCUGCACGAACCAAUCAGGGCACACCAGUCUCUGGUGAGGAAAUGGCCGGAGCUGCAGCAGGAGCUGGAGAUGAUGGACCAGAGGGUGUCCCAGCUGUCGGACGUGCUGCACACACACACCAUGAGCCAGCAGGUGGCAGCACUGAGCGCACACACCCAGCAGCUGCAGGAUGCCCUCAGGAACAGACUGGACACCCUGCAAGAUGCUGCAAAGGUGAAGACGCUGCGUGGCUGUCUGGAGCAAAUGCAGUCCUCGCUCACCUGUCCAGAGCUGGGCCACGCCAGCCUCCGCCAACAGCUGACCAUCAGACAGCACCUCCUGAGUGAGAUGGAGGACUUCAAGCAGCAGGUGGAGAACUCCCAGUAACUAUUCUCCCAUGUUGUGAGAGAGGAGGUAUUGCUCAGCCUGCCACUCUGCCAUACUGCCCACAGCCUCCACGCCGAGGGCAGCCAGUUACAGCACUCCGUCAUUCAGCAGUGCAACAUUCUGCAGGAGGCCGUGCUUCAGCAUGAGCAGUGUGAGCAGGAAGUGAGGCAGCUGCAGAAGCUGGUGGAGGAGGCCCACAGGAUCAUCCAGGACCGGCCCGUCGCCACGGGCAACAUCCAGGAACUCCAGACCCAGAUUCAGCAUCAUGAGGAGCUGGCCCAGCGGAUGCAGGGCUACCAGGAGCAGAUCUCGGCGCUCAACUCCAAGUGCAGGAUGCUGACGGUGAAGGCCAAACACGCCACCAUGCUGCUGACCGUCAGCGAGGCGGACGGAAUCUCCGAUGGCCUGGAGGAAUUGGACCCGGAAGACGACGAAGAGGAGGAGGAGGAGGAGGAGAUGGCCAGACAUCCAGCCGCACACCCCUCCGUCGUCAUGAUGACUGCAGGCCGCUGUCACACACUGCUGUCUCCAGUCACAGAAGAGUCUGGGGAGGAAGGAACCCCCCCUACCUGCAGAUCCCCCUCACCAGGGGCACAGGGUCCAGGGAAGACCUCCAUGAGCGGAGCUGCUGUGCAAGACAUGUUUGACCCCGUCUCCAUGGAGACCAGCUCAGCCCAUCUGGACGACCUGCAGCGCUCCUGGGACACACUCAAGAACGUGAUCAGUCAGAUGUCUGGUUACCAGGAGGCCCUGCAGUCCGUCUCCACCAAGAUGGAGGCCGUGGAGGCGGAGCUUAGCGAGGGACUCGACCACAACAAGAGCCCCGAGAGCCAGAUGGCCUCACACCAGGCACUGCUGGAUGAGAUGCUGCUGCUGCAGGAUGAGCUGGGUGUGCUGCAGGACUGUUUCUCUGAGGAGCUGCUCACACACACACACACACACACACCAGAGGAGGAGAUGGGCCAGCAGAGGGCACUACAGUCCACCCUCACCGUGCUGGCCGAACGCAUGGCCACCAUACGCAUGAAGGCAUCCGGCAAACGCCAGCUACUAGAGGAGCGUCUGAGUGAGCAGCUGGAGGAGCAGCGUCAGGAACAAGCUUUGCAGCGUUGCCAUAGCGAGGCGGAGGAGCUGGACCAUUGGCUGCUCAGCACCCGGGCCACGCUAAACUCCGCCCUGCAGCCACACCCACAAGACAUGGACAUGGAGGAGCAACUGAUUGACUGUCAGAACAUGCUGCUGGAGAUCGAGCAGAAGGUGUCGUGUUUGUCGGAACUCAGCGUUCACAGCGAGAGUCUGCUGCUGGAGGGGCGGAGCCACACGCGUGGGGAGGCGGAGCAACUUAGCCAGCGGCUACAUGGUCUUAAAGCCAGUCUGGUGGAGCUGCAGCGGAUUCUACAAGACAAGCAAAUACACAUCCAGGGGUCACUGCAGGAGCAGGAGGACAGCGAGUCGGACUCCACGCUCUCCCAGAGCCCCAACUUCCAGGACUGGCUGAGUCAACUCCGCAACAGCAGGGGGCAGAAGAGACACGAACACAGCCAGAGACAGAGGGAACUGGAGGAUCAGCUGGUGGAGCAGAAAAAGCUCCUUCAGGCCGUCACCAGCAGAGGGGAGGAGCUUAUCAUGCAGCAGGCCACACCCACUGAAGACAGCCUAUCAGAGGAGCUGCAGCUGCCCCUGGCUCCGCCCCAGAGGAGUCGCUGGGAGAAGCUGAGGAGAGAGCUGAGCACCAAACUACAGCUGAGUGCAGCCACCCUGCAGCAGGAGCAGCCGACAUACCAGCGCUCCAGAGUGACCAGCCCAGGGGGUGUGUUCAGGGCGGAGCUUCCGGCCCAUGACGGCCCCUCCCCCAGGACGUUGUUCGAGACCUUCAACCAGGCAGGGGGCAGUGGUGCGCAGCUGGCAGGACAGCGGGGGCAGCAGCUAUGUGCUGCAGUGGCGGCCACCUCCAGUUGGCUGGACAGUGCUGAGGCUCAGCUUCUCAGUGGCCCCAUGCUGCUGUCAGACCACAGCGAGGCUCAACUCUGCCACCUUGAGGCGCUGAUGCAGGAGUUGUAUGAGGUGGAGGCGGAGCUGAAGCGCUGCAGGGAGGCUCUGAGUGAAGAGGCGGGACUAGUGGGUGGAGGGGUGGGGCUAGUGGGUGAAGGGGUGGGACUAGUGGAUGAAGGGGUGGGGCUAGCUGGUGAGGCGCUGGAGAUGUUGGAGGAGAGACUCCGCCUCCUGAGCAGCAUGUUGGGACCUCGCUGCCAAGACAUGACGGACAGACUGCAGGAGCUUAGCACCUUCCAGGGGGAGAUGAGGCAGCUGUCCUCUGCCCUCUCAGACAGCAGGAUUGCACUGCAGCAGAAGAUGAUUGGCUCCCUGGAGAGACCCGCCUCCAGACAGAUGGAGAUGGUGUUGGAGGCUGAGGACAGCUUGCGUGAGUUUGACCAGCGUGUCCAGGAGCUCAGGAGUCGAGGAGAGACUCUGCAACCCGACCAAACCUCUGCUCAGGAACUGCUUAAAUUGCAGGACUGCUAUGAGGAGCUGGUUCUGAUGGUGGGGUGUCGGCGUGGCGGGCUGCACCGGGUCCUGGCGCUGAAGGUCCAGUACGAGGUCGCGCUGCAGGACCUGGCCGAGCUGCUGGACACUGCGCAGGACAAGGUGGCGGCCGAGCAGAAGAUGAGCACACGCUCCGUCAUGGAGGUCCAGAUCCUGCUGGACACACACAAGGAGUUCUUCCACUCCCUGGAGGGUCAUGUGGUGCUGACGGAGUCGUGGUUCGGGCGUGUGCGCGGUGUUCUAAGCCACCGGGAGCAGCAGGCGCAUGAGGACACGGUCGGCCAGGCGCGCUCCACACUCACCCAAGCUCACCGCAGGGGCAUGGAGCUGGAGGCUGUCCUGGAGUCGUGGGGGGUGCUGGGGGUGGACUACCAGGCUCUGUGUAGAACUCUGGAGCAGGUGGAGAGCAGCAUCCCCACCACUGGCCUGCUGGAGGAGACGGAGGAGCGACUACACCACCGGAUCAGCCUCUACCAGCGGUUGAAGGGCAGUCUGUCUGAGCAGCAGCAGCAGCUGUACCGGGUGCUGGAUGAGGGGAAGCGGCUGCUGGUCAGUGUGUGUUGCUCUGAGCUGGAGCUGCAGCUCACUCAACUGAGAGAACACUAUGCUUCCCCGUCCACCAAACUCAACAAGAGCUGCGCGGCCUGGGACUCUCUUUGGCUGAGGACGUACCAGAGUGAGAGUGCUGUGCUGAGUCAGUGGCUGCGUUCCGCUCUGGAACGUCUGGAGUUCUGGAACACCCAGUCGGUCACUGUUCCGCAGGAGCUGGAGACAGUCAGGGAUCACCUCCACGCCUUCCUGGAGUUCUCUAAGGAGGUGGAGGCGCGCUCCUCGCUGUACUCCUCGGUGUUGAGUGUGGGCGGCCAGCUGCUGCGGCUGAAGAAGGUGGACACAGCGGCUCUCAGAGCCCAAAUGGCUCAGGUGGACACGCAGUGGGCAGACCUGCUCACCCGCAUCCCUCUGGUCCAGGAGAAACUGCACCAGCUGCAGAUGGAGAAGCUGCCCUCUCGUCAUGCUAUCACUGAGUUGAUGAGCUGGAUCUCCCUCAUGGAGAACGCUAUCCAGGAGGACCAGCAGUGCAUCAUGGGAGCCGUGGGGUCAGAGGUCAUCCACAACUUCCUGCAGAAGUAUAAGGGUUUCCGUAUAGACCUGACGUGUAAGCAGCUGACGGUGGAUUUUGUGAACCAGUCAGUUCUUCAGAUGAGCAGUCACGACGUGGAGGGGAAGCGCAGCGACAAGACCGACUUUGCAGAACGGCUGGGAGCCAUGAACCGCCGCUGGCAGAUACUGCAGGGCUUCAUCACUGAGAAGAUUCAGGUUUUGGAAGGUCUGUUGGAAAGGUGGGCGGAGCAUGAGAGUGGGGUGCAGACUCUGGGGGCGUGGCUAAACUCUCAGGAGGAGAAACUGAAGAGGAAGCAGAGGCUGGAGGAUGUAGCGUCCGUGCACAACGCACUCAAGGACUGCCAGGACUUGGAGGAGACGCUUCAGGAGAAGGUGAGGGAGCUGGACAAGGCUGAGGAGAGAGGCUGUUUACUGACCAAGGACAAGACAGGGGAUGGCUGUGCGGUCGUUAUGGAAACCCUGAAAGGGCUCAAACAAUCAUGGGCCAGUCUGGAGCAUAUGUUGGGCCAGCUGAAGGGGAGGCUGAGGCUGCUGCUGGACCAGUGGCUGCUGCAUAAGCAGGCGUCUGAUGACAUCACUGGUUACAUCAUAGAGGGACGCUACUCGCUGUCCCGCCUCCGACGACUCAAUGGCUCACUAGACGCCACGCAUGCACAGGUGGAGAGUCUGGAGGCCCUGCAGGGGGAGCUGGAGGCCCAGGAGGGCAGUCUGACUCAACUCAGCUCCAGCACCCAGCUGCUGCACACACACAGCGCCACGCUCACACACGCACUCACCGACGUCACACUCAGGUGGAACGGUCUGCUGGAGCGGGUCUCUGAGCAGCUCCGGAGUGGUAAGUCUCUGCUGCAGCUGUGGCAGCGCUACCAGGAGCUGCACACACACACACACACCGCGGUCCAGCGGCACGAGGACGCUGCCCAGCGCCUGCUGAAGAACGCCACCGACGGGGACGUCACCGGACAGGAGCUGGACGCAUGGAGGCACAAAUGCUCUGACCUGCUGGCUGAUCAGGAUUCUCUUCAGGCUGCUCUGCAGGAGUUCCAAGAAGUGACGGAUCAGCUCAGGAAGCAGGUGGAGCCCUGCGCCAUGGCAACCUUCCAAGCCGACCACCUGUCACUCACACAGCGCCUGGCCACGGUGGAGCACGCCCUCUGCAGGCAGCAGUCUGCAUUGCAGGGUGGGGUUCAGGAAGUGGACUCUCUUGUGGAGCAGCUGGAUGCUCUGGAGGAGCUCUGUGAGGAGGCGGAGCUAGUUCUGAAGGAGGCGGAGCCAGAAGUGACCGCAACCCCAACACCAGACAGCAUUCAGGAGCGCAUGGACACACUGAAGGCCCUGCUGUUGCGGCUGAGCGGCUGGUGUCCAGAUCUAGAACGUCUGAACCAGCUGGGGUUCCGUCUCCCGCUGACCGACGUCCACAUCAAACGCAUGCAGAGACUCAACCUGCGCUGGAACACACACACUGCACACACCAUGGAAGAAUACAGUAGGCUGCAGGCGUCCCACCUGCUGCAGCUGGGUUUCCAGGAGAAGUGUGAGGCCUGGAGGGACUUCCUGUCCAGUGCAGAGCAGCGUCUGGCCACCGACAUCUCAGGCAGCCGCCACACACUACUGGAGCAACAGAAGGAGCACGAGCUCUUCCAGGCUGAGAUGUUCAGUCGACAGCAGAUUCUCCACUCCAUCAUCUCUAAUGGACAUGCACUACUGGACCAGGGACAGGUGGAAGACAGGGAUGACUUUGGCCUGAAGUUGACGCUGUUGAGUCACCAGUGGCAGGCGGUGGUGCGGCGCGCCAUGCAGAGGCGGGGCCUGAUUGACGGCCUGCUGCACCAAUGGGAGCACUACCACCAGCUGCUCGCCAAGCUCCGCCUCCGGCUGCACCAGGCCGCACUGCAGCCUCCAGAUGACCUACAGGGGGCGCCAGUAGCACUACAACAGGCACGCAACACACUGGACAUCAUACAGCUGAAGGAGCGGCUGCUCCAGCGGCAGCAGGCCAGCUACGUCCUAGUGGUGGAGGCUGGGCGGCAGCUGCUGCUGUCCUGUGACUCGCUGGCGGAGGCCUCUCUGCAGGCCGAGCUCUCUGACGUGCAGGAGCACUGGAGGAGCGCCACCUUGAGGCUGGACGAGAGGAAGAAGGAGCUCAACGCACUGCUGAAGGACUGGGAGCGCUGUGAGAAGGCCAUUGCUGCGUCUCAUGAGAAGCUGCGGUUGUUUAAGAGGAAGCUGAGUGUCCCAAUACCGGACCACCAUGAUGAACUCCACACAGAACAGAUACGCUGCAAGGAGCUGGAGGGGGGGGUAGAGGGUUGGCCGGAGGCGGUGCUUCAGCUGUCUGAGCUGAAGGAAUCCCUGAGUUCCAGACUCCGCCCCCAUGACCUCAGCAUCCUACAGGAACGCCUCGACCUGCUGCACAGCCAAUGGGACGAGAUCUCCCACCAGCUGAGAGUGAGGAGGCAGCAGGUGGGAGAGAAGCUAAAUGAGUGGAUGUUGUUUAAUGAGAAGAACAAGGACUUGUGUGAGUGGCUCACACACAUGGAGAGCAAAGUCUCGCAGAACGCAGACAUCAGCAUCCAGGACAUGAUCGACAAACUACGCAAGGACUACCAUGAGGAGAUCGUGGUGAUGGAGGAGACACGAGGGCAGCUGCUGCAGAUGGGUGAGCGCUUGGCGCGGUCCAGCCACGAGGGCAAAGCCAAUGACAUCCACUACAAACUCAGCAAGGUCAACGAGAGAUGGCAACACCUGCUCGACCUGAUGGCCGCCAGGGUGAAGAAGCUGAGGGAGACGCUGGUGGCGGUGCAGCAGCUGGAUAAGAACAUGAGCGUUCUGCGUUCAUGGCUCGCCCACAUUGAGACGGAGCUGUCCAGACCCAUCGUCUACGACACCUGCGACGCUCAGGAGAUCCAACGCAAGCUCAAACAGCAGCAGGAGCUGCAGGGUGACAUCGAGAAGCACAGUACAGGUGUGGCAUCGGUGCUGAACCUGUGUGAGGUGCUGCUGCACGACUGUGACGCGUGUGCUUCGGACACAGAGUGCGAGGCCAUCCAGCAGGCCACCCGCGGCCUGGACCGUCGCUGGAGGAACAUCUGCGCUGUUGCCAUGGAGAGGAGACUGAAGAUUGAGGAGACGUGGCGUCUAUGGCAGAAGUUUCUGGAUGAUUUCGGGCGUUUCGAGGAGUGGCUGAAGGCCUCGGAGCGCUCGGCCGCGCUGCCCAACUCCGCCGGAGUCCUCUACACCAUCGCCAAGGAGGAGCAGAAGAAGUUUGAGGCUUUCCAGCGCCAGGUGCAGGAGUGCCUGACUCAGCUGGAGUUGAUCAAUAAGCAGUACCGCCGGCUGGCUCGGGAGAACCGCACCGACGCCUCCUGCCGUCUGCGGGAAAUGGUGCAUGAUGGGAACCGUCGCUGGGACAACCUGCAGAGACGAGUGGCCUCCAUCUUACGCCGCCUCAAGCAUUUCAUCGGUCAGCGGGAGGAGUUUGAGACAAACAGGGACAGCAUCCUGGUGUGGCUCACGGAGAUGGACCUGCAGCUCACCAACAUCGAGCACUUCUCCGAGUGUGACGUCCAGGCCAAGAUUAAACAGCUCCGGGCGUUCCAACAGGAGAUUGGCCUGAACGCGGGCAAGAUGGAGCAGGUGUUCCGUCAGGGGGAGGGGCUACUGAGCCGCAGUGAGCCGCAGGACGCUGAGGUCAUCGAGGACGAGCUGGAGGAGCUACGACGGUACUACCAGGAGGUGACCGGACGCGUCGAGCGAUACUACAGGAGACUCACACGCCUACCGCUGUCAGAGGAGGACUUUGAGGGGUCAGACCGUGAGCUGGAGCUGGAGGAGGGCGGCUGUACCUCACUGGUCUCCAGUGCAGUGGGAGGGAGUCUCAUGCUCUCCCAGCCUCCCGCCCUGCCCCUUCUCAGCCUCCCCCACACUGACCCCUGUGGCCGAGACACCCCCGCCAGCGUGGACUCUCUCCCUCUGGAGUGGGACCACGACUAUGACCUGGAGCCCAUGGGCCAUACCAUCUCCACAGAGAGGGGGGGGUCCCCGACACACAAGGACCAGCAGACCCUAAUCAGGGAGGGAACUACUGCUCUCACAGACGUGGUGAUUCCGGAGAGCCCAGAGGCCUACAUUAGACUAACUGAGGACACGCUCAGGUCCUCCUCUGCGGAGCCCGGCCAGCUGGAGUCCCAACUGCGGCAGCUGGACCGGUCCCUGGACCCAGUGUGCUACCAACCCCAGCUCACAGAGGGCGCUGUGGUGCGACACGACCCAGAGCUAGACUCCCCCUACAUGGGCUAUAUGAGGUUGAUGGGAGAUUGCCGUGGCAGCAUAAACGCUGUGAAGAAGGCAGAAGAAGAGCUGGAGGAAGAUGAGGAAGACCUGUCUGGACUCACAAACCCCGACAGCACAGAGACGCAGAGCACAGGAGUGAUCAAGAGAUGGGAGCUGCUGCAGGCCCAGGCCAACCUGCAGCCAUGGCAACAGCUGACCUCAGACCUGGAGACCAUGGAGGCAUGGCUAGAAGACGCAGAGGCGGAGCUUAAUCAGCUGAGUGGGCGGGACUUCAGCACAGACAUCCACACCAUCGAGCAGAGAAUAAAAAAGCUCAAGGAGCUGCAGAGAGCUGUGGAUGCCCAUAAGUCCCUGGUGCUGUCCAUCAACUUGAGCAGCGUUGAGCUGGCCCAAUCAGAGAGUGGCACGGGGCGGGACCUGCCGGCCAGGCUGGCGGAGAUGAACGGGCGCUGGGAGAGACUGACCACCUCACUGGACGAGUGGAGGACCGCGCUGCAGGACGCCUUAAUGCAGUGUCAGGAGUUCCAUGAGCUGAGUCAUGGUCUGCUGCUUUGGCUGGAGAAUAUUGACCGCCGGAGGAACCAGGUUGUUCCCAUCGCCACGGGACUGGACCUCAACACACUCCGCACACACCACCACACACUCACGGAGGUGCAGGUGGAGCUGCAGGCGUCGGAGCAGCGGGUGGUGUGUCUGCAGGAGCUGGUGGAGGUGGGUGGAGGUGGGGGGGAGUGUGUGGAGGCGCGUGAGCGUGUGCACGUGAUUGGGAACCGCCUGCACACACUCCUCAGGGCUGUGACCUCUGACCUUCAGCAGCUGGACGCCCAGAUGGAGGCGGCCGCAGCACAGCAGGGUGCUGUUUCCUGGUCGGUGGUGGAUGAGCCGGAUGCAUCAGCAGACAGCGCCCCCAGCAGUCUGAGAACGGGGCAAACGGGCAAACGUAGGUCCUGCCUCCCCCCACCUGGAGCUCCGCCCAACCUCCCACACCACAGAUGGCCCGGAGGCUCUGGCUGUGGUUCUUCCCAUUCUGAGCGCUGCUCCUCCCAGGCUGUGGGUGGCGCUGUGGGCCGGCACUGUCAGUCCUUCUUCCUGCGUGUGCUGCGGGCAGCUCUCCCUCUGCAGCUGCUGCUGCUGCUGCUGCUGGCGUUGGCCUGCCUGGUGCCCAUGAGCGAGCAGGACUACAGCUGUCACCAUGCCAACAACUUCGCCCGCUCUUUCCACCCCAUGCUGCGCUACACCAACGGACCGCCUCCCAUCUAAACUCCCCACUGCCCCCCAGAGGCCUGGAGGAGAAGGACAUCUAGCUAUCUACAUAUAUAUAUCUAUCUAUAUCUACCCACCUAGCUAUCUUUAUCUUUAAUCUUAUUUAUUGCAUUUUUAAAGAUCUCUUGUGGGCUGCUGAGGGACUGCACCCUCAGUAGAGUUUGGUUUGCUGUUUGCCUGACUGUAUGGAGCACUACUGCUAUGCUUUACUGUUGCUAAACAGUAAAGCAUAGCAGUAAACAACAACGCUGCUCUAACCACAUUUGACCCUCCCUGCUUCCCGUAGCAGGUUGGACAGAGUGGAGUGCUGUGGCGCUUGCUUAAAAGCCUGAUAUUAAAGGUGCUCUAAGCGAGUCCAGGCCUGAAAUUAAAGGUGCUCUAAGCGAUGCCACUUACUGCAAACAUCACCUAACCAACCGCUAGCUCUCUGUGUCCUGAAUACACUGUAAAGAAACGCG